CUGAAAGAUAAAUAUAGUCAUUUUUUUCUCCAAAUGGCAAACCAAACAAUAGUUAAAGAUGAAUAUAAUGCUUUAGAAUACUUUAUAAGAGUUUACUCUCACAAACCCUUAUCGCAAUACAAAGGUCAAUCACCAUUAAGUCUUUAGGACCAGUUAUACAGGAUAGCCUUACAGAAACAGAGAAUGCAGAUAACUGACAAUACAAUUAUUAUUGGUUCUGACUCACAACAAUCAAGUCAUAUUGAAUCAAAAGAGGAAUUGGACACGUUAUCACCGGAGCAAUAUGCUCAACUUUCUAAAGAGGAAAAGAGGAAUUAUUUAACUGAUCACGGGUUCUCAAAUGAAAAGUUCACUGAAAUGUGUGAACCAAAUAUUGACACAUAUCCUACUUUGAAAUUAAAACCUAAUAAAAUUGGCGGAUCCAUGAGACCACCACCUGGGGAUAUAAAACUUGAAAAACUUGAGGGUGCAUGUUCUGAAUGUUAUACAAUUGACUCCGAAAUUAAAGAUCAUUGGAUGAAUAUAAAUAGUAUGCCACCAGAGCUAUUUCAACCUAUCAUGAAAAUUUGGAGAGAUGAUCAAUGGGAUCAUUUAAUUGAUCCACCAGAAUGGGUUACAGGAUUAAUGUAUUCCUUAUGUUUUUUACCAGGGACAUCUAAUUCAAAAAAGGCGAUUAUGUUAAGAGUAGCAUGCACUAAUUUAGAUAUUGCAAGACUACGUUCAUUUGCGCAAACGAAAAAUGGGCGAUGAACUAGUAAAAUUACUUCGUAAUAGUGAACUUCUGCAUUUUUCCAUAGCUAAUUUAGAACACAGCUUAACAUCAAUAGUUAAUACACAUAUGGAUUUUCUUAAUAAUUUAUCAAUCUUAUUUAAUCAAACUGCUAUGCAGAUGGAAAAAAUAAGUGGACAAAAGGUAACUAACAAAUUGGAUGUAGAUUCAGGAACUCUUUUGCUAGAUCAAGUCGUUAAAGUAGGGAUCAGAGAUAAACCAAUAUCUGUACCUCUUAUAGAAGAAAAACCUAAAACGAAUAUAAUAAAAGUUAUGAUGGCAAAAACUACAUCAAUUAACGGAUCAAUAGUACCUGAUAUACCUUAACUCUUUAUCCACCUUGUUCACUUCGAAGGAUUUAUAAAAAAAAAUAUAAAGAGAAAGUUAACAAAAUUUUACAUCAGAGU